AUGAUCUAUAAGUGUCCAGAAGCUCUCGCAGGACCAACGUGGAUCGAGAAGUCAGCGCCUCAGGAGGCCGACAAUUUUGUUGAAGAAAGAAGUGGAAGAAAAAAAUACAACCGUGACGAGUUUGGGAAAGAUUUUACUCUUAAAACACACCAACUAAUCCACACCGGAGAGAGACCGUUCAGCUGUGGAGACUGUGGAGAGUCUUUUACCCAGUCUGGAAGCUUAAAAACACACCAACUAAUCCACACCGGAGAGAGACCGUUCAGCUGUGACGAGUGUGGAAAGUCUUUUACGCAGUCUGGAAAUUUAAAAACACACAAACUCAUCCACAGUGGAGAGAGACCGUUCAGCUGUGAUGAGUGUGGAAAGUCUUUUACCCACUCUGGAAGCUUAAAAACACACCAACUCAUCCACACCGGAGAGAGACCAUUCAGCUGUGGAGACUGUGGAAAGUCUUUUACCACGUCUGGAAGCUUAAAAACACACCAACUCAUCCACACUGGAGAGAGACUGUUCAGCUGUGGAGACUGUGGAGAGUCUUUUACCAGGUCUGGAAGCUUAAAAACACACCAACUCAUCCACACCCGAGAGAGACUGUUCAGCUGUGGAGACUGUGGAGAGUCUUUUACCAGGUCUGGAAGCUUAAAAACACACCAACUCAUCCACACUGGAGAGAGACCGUUCAGCUGUGACGAGUGUGGAAAGUCUUUUACGCAGUCUGGAAAUUUAAAAACACACAAACUCAUCCACAGUGGAGAGAGACCGUUCAGCUGUGAUGAGUGUGGAAAACUGUGGAAAGUCUUUAUCCACUCUGGAAGCUUAAAAACACACAAACUCAUCCACAGCGGAGAGAGACCGUUCAGCUGUGGAGACUGUGGAAAGUCUUUUAUCCACUCUGGAAGCUUAAAAACACACAAACUCAUCCACGCUGGAGAAAGACUGUUCAGCUGUGAUGAGUGUGGAAGGUCUUUUAUCCACUCUGGAAACUUAAAAACACACCAACUAAUCCACACUGGAGAGAGACCGUUCAGCUGUGGAGACUGUGGAAAGUCUUUUACCCAGUCUGGAAGCUUAAAAGAACACCAAUUAAUCCACACUGGAGAGAGACCGUUCAGCUGUGACAAGUGUGGAAAGUCUUUUACGCACAUUUCAAACUUAAAAUCACAUCAACUCAUCCACAGUGGAGUUAAAGCGUACACCUGUGAUCAGUGUGGCAGAGCUUUUACUCACAGUAACAGCUUACAGAGUCAUCUAGUUACCCACUCUGGAAUUAAAGCGUACAGCUGUGAUCAGUGUGGUAAACAGUUUACUACAAACACAGAGUUACGACGUCACAUGUUUACCCACACUGAGGAACGACCUUAUAAAUGUGACCUGUGUGAGAAGACUUUUAAAUCUCCAAGUUACCUGAAAGCACACCAACAGAUCCACACCAGAAAGACUCUACAAGUGCAGUUACUGUGAGCAGAGCGACACAAAUGGAUCAAGUUCUCAACCCUGUCAUCGCUGUGGGAAAGACUUUUGUUGUGACCUUUGUGGAAAAACUUGAAGUCAUUGAAGGACUCUGAAAAUACAUCAACGUAGACACACUGGAGACAAAAUGAACUACUGUAAAGAA